AUGUCGUGGCAAACUUCCGCCGGCAAAAGCCGACCUGUCGUUGAUGAAUGUUCAAGUCCGACAGUCUCAUGUGGUAGCAAAGCUAAGAACAAUAAGUAUAUCGCAUGUGGUUUGUUAUCUGGUGUAAUAACUAAGACGAUAUGUGCCCCUUUUGAUCGUAUCAGGUUAUUAUACCAAAUCCAGCCUAUGUUUGCACAAGUGAAUAUCGCUAAACAAGAGCAACCAGGUGGUUUCAAGUAUCGAGGUGUGCUUCGUACUGCCCAGAAGAUAAUCCAUGAAGAGGGUUUAACCGGUUUAUGGCGCGGUAAUUUAAUGAACACAACCCGUGGCGGUUUAUGUUAUGCUACUAAAUUUGGUAUCAAUGAUGGAGCUAAGGAGCGGUUGCAAUCUCUUACUGGUGUUGACAAUGGUGUUACAUUAUCGUUACUUGCGGGAGCGUCUGCUGGUGUAUUGCAGAAAUCUAUCUCAUAUCCACUGGAUGUGAUGAGUGUAAGGAUGACCCUUGGUGUGAAUACCAAGGUCCUAAGCUCUAAUUGUACCUACCACAGUAUACCCGACUGUUUUUUUAAGAUAUUGAGAUCAGAAGGUAUACGUGGUUUUUUCAAGGGUUUUUUGCCUACGUUAUGUACCGGUGUGCCCUAUGUUUCUUUGCAGAUGACCUUUUUUGAUUUCUACAAGAGACGAUUUAUGGACCUAUUUGGCUUCGAGAAAGAGAAGCUUAACAUUAAACAAGUGGCCUUUGUUUCAUCGAUAGCAGGGUCUGCUGCAGGUUUCUCUGCUUUAUCUAUAGUUUUUCCAGGUGAUACUGUGCGUAAGCGUAUGAUGAACAACGCCAUAUCUAACGAUUAUCAAUUAUAUAGAAGCUCGCGGCACUGUGUCAAGACCAUCUUCAGAUGUGAGGGUAUAUCUGCCUUCUAUCAUGGGAUGUUUCCAUCAUUAUUGAAAUCGCUCCCUUCUGGCGCUGUUCAGUUCGUUACUUAUGAGGUUCUAAAGCACCUGCUAAAGCAGGCAUGA